AUCAUUCAAGGUUGUCUGUUGACCCAGAAUUUCAUCCGCCUACAUUUACAAAAUAUAUUGCAAUUUUUCUUCUCUGCAAGCUGCGAUAUCGUCGGAUAUUAGGCUUACGUAUUGAAGGGAUUUAAAGGCCUUCUUCCAGAAAGAGUAUCAGAUCAGAAAGGUUUGAUCGUGAUUUAUCCGCGAUUCUGUCAAUGUGCAGACAUGCAGCGUUGACAGUGUUUUGAUUUGUAACUUGAACUUACUUGAACUUAGUUGAUUGGGAGUUAUAGAUCUACAAUAUAUAGUUCACGUCUUGAAUGGAUAUACUCAUUUACUGACUGCACAAAGACUGGCAUUCCAUAUAUACAUAAAUAUUUCGUUUGUACCCAGAAAUGUCUUCCAAAAAAGAUGUCAGGAUUCUUCUCCUUGGAGAAGAUGGAGUGGGCAAAACUUCACUGAUUUUAUCCCUUGUGAGUGAAGAGUUUCCAGAUGAGGUUCCUGCUAAAGCUGAAGAAAUCACUAUUCCAGCAGAUGUCACACCAGAAAGGGUUCCCACACACAUUGUGGAUUAUUCUACUGCUGAACAAGAUGAACAAGAAUUGACUGAGGAAAUACUGAGAGCCAAUGUAAUCUGUAUAGUUUAUGCUGUGGAUGAAGAAGAAACAAUAUCAAAGAUCAGUGAAUACUGGCUCCCGUUUGUAAGGAAGACCCUGGGGGAGGAGCAUCAGAUCCCUGUCAUAUUGGUUGGUAACAGAUCUGACACUGUGGAACACAGCACCAUGGAUAUGAUACUUCCCAUUAUGAAUGACUGGGCUGAGGUGGAAACUUGUGUGGAGUGCUCUGCCAAAAAUCUCCGUAACAUUAGUGAAGUAUUUUACUAUGCUCAGAAAGCUGUGCUCCAUCCUACUGCCCCACUUUAUAUCCCUGAAGAGAAAGAGCUUACAGCAAAAUGUAAAAAAGCCCUGGCUAGGAUAUUCAAGAUCUGUGACCAGGAUAAUGACAAGCUUCUCAGUGAUGAGGAAAUCAGAAAAUUCCAGAUAUUUUGUUUCAAUGCACCCCUUCAACCCCAAGCCCUAGAGGACGUGAAAACAGUGGUGAAGAAAAACAUUUCUGAUGGAGUGGAAGAUGACAGUCUAACAACUAAAGGAUUUCAGUUUUUGCACAUGCUGUUUAUCCAAAGGGGAAGGCAUGAGACAACAUGGACAGUCCUUAGGAAGUUUGGGUACAGUGAUAGCCUUCAGCUUGCCAAUGAGUACCUUCACCCAGAUUUCCAUGUUCCCUAUGGCUGUUCUACUGAGCUGACCCAUGAAGGGUAUCAGUUCCUUACCACUUUGUUUGACAGAUUUGACGAGGAUAAGGAUGGUCAUUUGUCUCCCACGGAGCUUCAGAGUUUAUUUGGGACAUGUCCCAGCAUGCCUUGGGGCCCUGACGUGAAUAAUGCAGUUUGUACCAAUGCCCAGGGAUGGAUAUCAUUGCAGGGCUAUUUAGCACAGUGGACAUUAACAACCCUACUAGAUGUUCCCAGGACUCUAGAAAAUUUAGCUUAUUUAGGAUACAUGUAUGAACAUGACACUCAACUCAGUGCUAUCAAUGUUACUCGUGAAAAGAGGAUAGACUACCAAAAGAAACAGACCUCAAGGAAUGUAUUUCAGUGCCAUGUUUUAGGACCUAAGGGUGUAGGAAAGACUGUAUUCCUGCAAGGUUUGAUAGGCAGAAACUUACAGUACAUUGCCACCCUCAACAAAGAUCAUCUGUCCCGCUUUACAAUUAACACAGUACAAGUCUAUGGUCAGGAAAAAUAUCUACUGCUUCAUGAAGUAGAUACAGGUUUAUUACAAUCCCAGCCUCCUUUAGACAUGGACUGUGACGUGGCCUGUAUCCUCUUUGAUGUCACCAACCCAAGCUCAUUUGAAUUCUGUGCCAAUUUAUACAAGGAUCAUUUCAUGGACAGUAAAACUCCAUGUCUGAUAGUUGGAACCAAAAGCCUGCAGCAGGCAGUCCUCCAGGACUACGAGAUGCAGCCGGCAGAGUUCUGUAACAAGUUCAAACUUCCUCCACCACAGCUGUUUGACUGUGUUACCAGUAUAAACAGAGAUGUCUAUGUUAAGCUAGCUACCAUGGCUGCUUACCCCAAUUUGAAAAGACUGGUCCACAUGCUACUCCUCAGGCAACAGGCUGACUGGUUCCAUCAGAAACUAAGGAACCUUGGUGACAUGUACUCCCAGGAUUCCAGCUGGCUCCUGAAGGCAGGACUAGGUAUUAUACUGGUAGCAGGGUUAAGUUUUGCCAUCUACAAAUACGCCAAUAAGGACAGGUAGCAGAAUCCCCUAUGUAUAAAGACUGGUGUUUAUGUUAGACAUACGCCAGUGUGACACACAUAUUUAAUGUUGAUUUCACAGCAUAUCGUCAGGGAGGAACCACACUAGGACCAAUUGUUAUUAUGAUGACCCAGAUUACAUGGGAGAGACAGAGAUUCUUGAGCCAGUGACAGCAAUGAUGUGGUGUUAUAUAUAUGAGUCAGUCAUAGGACACUGACAUGAUACUUGUAGCAUUUAAUGAUAAGCUUGAAAACAUGCUGGGUUAUGGGCAGCAGGUGGAAGGAAGUUAACUUAAACUAACCUGGGACAAUUUAUAGCAAAGCAUGGGAAGAGAUAUGUGUGUGAUGACACUCCUUGAGGAUUUGUUAUUUCUGUAUUACUUAUUCAGAGUUUCACUACCAUCUUUUAUGAAGAUAAUUAAGGAAGACAUUUGAGUUGGUGGUUUUUGAAUGAUGUAGUACUGUUUUCUUGAUAAUUUUAAAUUUCCAGUAACUGCCUUCUGAGAUUAACAAACUUUUGGGGUUAUUAAACGUUUUAGUAAGAUUCAGUGUUACCCCGUGGGUUUUACUAAUGUGAGCUACACAAGUGAUGUUGCUGCUUUGUUCUAAAUAUGAUUUCAUGGAACAACUGCCAGUUGUUCUGCACCCUCUGUCUCAGAUUUGAUUUGAAACUCGCUCCUAUGAAGAUCAUCAUGAUUGGACAAUAGGUAAUGUACUGAAACUCAGGUUGAUGUGAUGGAAUAAGAGUAUGGCGUAACAAGACAAGGGUAAAUAUGGCAUGUGUAUAUACUUAGAAAAUAACUCGAUGAGCAGAUCAAUGACAGUAUCUAGUUAGUGUAAAAUAAGAUUGUAUACAUGUUGCAGAUGUUCUUGUUUUGUUUUUGUUGUUAAAAUAGAAAGUGUACAAUCUUCAUACAAAAAAGGUGAAAUUGUCAUUUGAAAUGCAUCUUUUUCCACCUGAGAAUGUUUAAAGUGCUUUGAACUGUUAAGUUAUAGGUGCACUGUUUGCCCUACUGAAGGCGUGUAAUUUGUACAAUGAUCUCUUUGCAACCUGAAGUUAAAAUGUAGCUAGUCAUUGGAUGAAUUGGUGGUGCUGAGUUCUGAACGGCAGUUAGAAACUAUUCUUAGAAAGAGUUUAUUGUGCAAGAAAAGAAUGAGACUGUCAAACGUAUGUAAAGCAUCAUAAUUUUUGAAAUCCAUACAAGUUUAGAUGAUGUCUCCAGCAUCUUAACACAUAAAACUGAUACAAACUUUGACAAUGUACUCUCAAUUUUAAAUUGAGAAAUCAGCAUUGUUUUAAAUGAUAUGUGCUUUCUUAUCAUAGUUAACUCAAGGCACUAUAUUGUCCAGGUAUUUUGGAAAAAGUGAGGGUUCAUCUACCCAGUCAUUUUAAAAUCCCUUUCAUGUACUGUCAACUAGCCAGAUGAAAAUUGCACUAAUCCAAAUUGUUAAGGUUCUGUCAACCAACUUUACUUGGUGGACUUAAUGGAAGUAUAAAAUGUAUUAGUUUAUGUUUUAUUACUGUAUUUGUCCAUAGCUUGUAUAUAUGUUGCAGAUUACUUGUUAUGGUAGAAAAGUACCAAGAGUUUGUCAAUAAACGUUG